AUGUUUCUGAUAUUUUUUAUACUCGGGAGCAUCCAAUCUUCAUCAGAUUAUUCUAAUGGAAACAGAUCUAAUCGUGAUCAUAAUUCACAAAACAGUAAAGAUUCAGAUGAUUCAGAUGAUGUCAACACUCCUCAACCAACAAUAAAAGGGCAGAUAAAUCUCGGAAGAAUGACUCCAAGAUUUCGCGCAGUUAAAACCUCAAACGCGUUAUUACCAGAAAGAACUCCAGAACCUACGCCAUUUCCAACGCAAACGCCAUUUCCAACAAUGACACCAGAUUACAUAUCAAAAAUGAACAAACUAAGACCAGAAAACAAACAAAUUUCUGAUUAUGCAGAUAUCCCUCCUCCAACAAGAACAGCUACACCUGCACGAACACCAUUACCUACACCAAUGCCAACACCUAAACAGACUCCCAGGCCUACAAGAACUCCAAAACCAACACCAGUCCCUACAAGGUCACCAAGACCAAUCUACAGAAUGAAAGUAAAGAAAAACAUCAGUCAAGACCUUGACUUCAUGAAUCCCCAGAACUAUGUAGAAGAUUACAUCGAAAUUACAACUCCUAAUUUUACAAUCCCAGAAGGAAACGAAUCUGACUACGAUAUUACAUACGAAACCUUCCCAGCUCCUAUAGAGACACCUGAACCUGUCAAAACAUACAAUAAUGCUGAAAUGCACUUUAUAGACGACAAUAACAUGUUCCACAGCAACAUGGAUAAGAAAAAGAUGAGGGAAGAGAGAUCCAAAAGGACACAACAGACACCUCCUAACCAAACAUUCUCAGAAAGUGAGAAAAGAGCUCAAACUGGAUAUAUCAAAGCAGAAAUCAAAGUAAAGAACGAAGAAGAAUCAGCAUUAAAGAAGAACAACAUUGAAGAAGCAUUCCACAACUUCAAAACCAUCAGAAAAGUACCUUUACUCCAAAAGAAAGAUUUAAAUGAAACUUUACCAGCGAAAAACAUCUUCAAUAUUACAAAAAAGGCAGAAGAACAAGCAUCUCCAUGCCACAGAGCAGCCAGGAUGGUCAAUGAAGAGUGUAAAUGCUUUGGAGGUUUAAUUGGAGAUGGAAUUACAGAAUGUGUUGCUCCAGAACCACAAAUAACACGCGUAAACCCAACAGUACUGAACGCUUUGUCAUUAAAUACCAUCGAUGUCUAUUACAAAUCAACAGAUUUUACUCCUCAAUCUGCUUAUUGCAAAGUUGGCAAAACAGUACAUCUGGGACGUGUUAUUAGCAAAGGAAGUAUCAGAUGCGAGGUUCCUGCUAAAAAUGGAGGCUCUUCAAAGGUCACAAUUUCAUUUGACGGUUCCCAUUGGAGUAGUAAGAGUUUAGAGGUCAAAUACGACACUAAGUUCAUGAGUAUCUUCAGAUUAGUUCUGAAGUUUUUGAUUUACUGCUUUGCUGGAAACGCAAUUGUUUGGUCAACAGUAUUUCUUAGGUAUAGAUACCUCAGUAGGAUUGGAUUGCUUAAGAGUAAGGAUGUACAUGAGAUUAUCAAUCAGACAACAGCAAUGAUUGAAGAGCAAGAACAACUUUAA